UAUUUUUAAUUGUUUGCAUCCUGCGCUGCGUGUUACGGAGGAACAGCAACGCUGACAUGUUGGGGCUGGAGACCCCAGCCUGCUCCAGAGCUGCCGGUAGCUCCUGCCUAGGAGAAAAAGAGCGGUUUGAAUCCUGGUGGAAAAGCUCCACGAGUUUUAUUAGCUGGUGAUUUCCCCCCCCCGCCCUUAAUUCAGACGCUGUCUGUAUUUCUGUGGCGCUUUACAAGAAGCAGAAGACUUAGCACAAGGUUUUUGGCAAAGGGCUGUCUGGAGUAAUUACUGCUUUGGGCAAAAGCUUACGGGACAGCUCAAGAGCAGCCCUCGUUUUGUCAGGCUCCUAAUCGUAGACCUCGAGUUUCUUACCCGGCGCGCGAGGAAGAGGAGGCGUGGAGCUGUAAGGUCUUAAAUUGACGUUGGGUUUAGCAAAGAUGUUUUCACACCUCCCUGGGCUGGCUCUGCUGGCUUUUCUCUUCUGAAAAUGAGCGGCACAGCAUGUUGUUCGGAGAGAUGUCCUGCUGCCUAGAAAUACAGGCUCUGCUGUUCCUGAAACCCCGAAUUCGUUAAUGCGAGAUACCGUGGAAUUAACAGGCCGGGUCCUUUCUCGGGCCGUGUGCCUGAGGAUGGUUGCCCGAUGGGAAGCCAGCGAGGGCAGGGAAGCCUGUUGAAAAUCGCCGGGGUGUGAUUUAGCUUGUAACUACCCGGCUCAGACCGACGCUGUUAAUGCCUGCCGCGGUCCGGUGUUUUCUCUCUCCGCAGGCUCCAUCCGUUUCCCAUCUCUCCAGGAUGAGAGAGGUUUGGGUUCGGCUUUUCCCCUCUCCCUGUAGUUGAUAGUUUCGGAACCAGAGGUGAUGCUGGAGUCAAGAUGGCAGACAGCGUGAAAACCUUCCUUCAUGACCUCGUCAGGGGAAUUAAGGACUCCAUCUGGGGCAUCUGCACCAUCUCUAAGCUGGACGCCCGGAUCCAGCAGAAAAGGGAGGAGCAGAAGCGAAGGAGAGCAAACAGCGCGCUCGCCCAGCGGAGGUUUCACAUGGAAGAGAAGAAGCAAGAGAAUGAACCCCGGAUCGUGAGCCGGAUAUUUCAGUGUUGUGCCUGGAACGGAGGGGUGUUCUGGCUUAGUCUCUUCUUGUUUUACCGAGUCUUUAUACCUGUCCUUCAGUCGGUCACGGCACAGAUCAUCGGUGACCCUUCCCUGCACGGCGACGUCUGGUCGUGGCUGGAGUUCAUCCUCACCUCCAUUUUCAGCGCCCUCUGGGUCCUUCCCCUCUUCGUGCUCAGCAAGGUUGUCAAUGCCAUCUGGUUCCAGGACAUCGCGGAUCUAGCGUUCGAAGUUUCCGGCAGAAAGCCUCACCCCUUCCCCAGCGUCAGCAAAAUCAUCGCCGACAUGCUGUUCAACCUCUUGCUGCAGGCGCUCUUCCUCAUCCAGGGGAUGAUAGUGAGCCUCUUCCCCAUCGAUAUCGUCGGCCAGCUGAUCAGCCUCCUCCACAUGUCGCUGCUCUACUCGCUCUACUGCUUCGAGUACCGCUGGUUCAACAAAGGAAUCGAAAUGCACCAACGGUUGUCCAACAUCGAGAGAAACUGGCCCUAUUACUUCGGCUUUGGCUUGCCGCUGGCUUUUCUCACGGCGAUGCAAUCCUCUUACAUCAUCAGCGGUUGCCUCUUCUCCAUCCUUUUCCCUCUCUUCAUCAUCAGCGCCAACGAAGCGAGGACCCCCGGCAAAACCUAG